UUCCUCAAAUUUCGAUCUCUCCGCCAAUCUCCCCAUUAUUUCAAAAUCAUUUUCUCCUCUGCGGCUCCUCCUGGUCCUGGUUUAGCUGUAUCUGUUUUUGCGUACGUUUUAAAUUUUCUCGAUUCAAAAUUAAAUGCUCCAAAAUCAUAAGUUUUCUUCUUCUCUAAAUCCCGAAUAAAUUCCCCCAUUCAGUCACUCCUCUCUCUCUCUGCCUCUUGUUUUCUCAAUGGCAACUUCAGCUUUCAAGUCAACUACCAGGAGGGCUUCCCUCGCUAACUCUCCCGGUGACUCUUCUUCCUCCAAUCGCUCUUCCUCCGGCCACCGCCGCGCCAGGAGCCUCAGCAGAUUUUCCCGUCGGAUUCCUGGAGUCGGCGACGAUGACGAUGAGCCUACUCCGGCUCCGAGGAGCAGGGGUAGGUUUGUGAAUACAGUCAGGGGAUCGGGGUUCCCGGAGAUUAGUCUCGACGAUCUCGCUGUCGAGCUCUUUGAUUCCUCCCUCCGAGGCCGUUCGGUUUCUCGGAUGGAUGACGUCACACCACGCAAUGGUAAAGGAGGAGGAGGAGGAGAGAGUGUGGCUCAGAGAAGAGGAAGGUCGGUGUCCAGGCAAGGAUCCAGGGGUAGUGUUGUAAAUAAUGGUGCUGGAGGACGGUUUACUUCGGACACUGCUAGUUCCAGGAGGAGAAGAUCUGUCUCCGUUGUUCGGUAUCAAAUUAGUGAUUCUGAGAGUGAUCUAGAUCAGUUGCAGAACCCAAGCAACCGUGCUAGCAUGAAGAGUUCCAUUGGUGGAAACAAUCAGUUAUCCUCCACUCAUAAGCCAACAGCUUCAAAUAAUAGACAAGGCUUAAGAAGAUCUCUCAGCCAGAAGGACUUAAAGUAUCACGAUGGCUACUCUAGUCACUCUUCUGCCAUAACUGAUGAUGAAGGGAGGGAUGCUGCACUUUCCAAUAAAAAUGGGGCGGAGAGGACAAUAAAAGCUGUAUAUGCACAGAAAAAGGGAGACCACCCCAUUGGGGAUGAUGUGAAUGGUGGAUUAUAUGCCGCAAUGCGUAAAGAGCUUAGACAUGCUGUGGAAGAGAUCAAGACACAACUUGAACAAUCAAUGGUCAAAACAAAGAACUCUGGCAUAGCAAACGUUGAUACCUUGCAACCUGACAAUUCUGACAUUAUUCAGGCUAUUUCUACAGCUAGAAGGAAGUGCACAACAAAAUUGGAAAAGUCGGAGAAGCGAAGACAAGAUUUAUUGGCUGAGAUUCUAUUGGAGGAGCAGCAUGGGAGAGAGCUCUCUAAAAUUGUCAAAGAAUUGCUUCCUGAACCGAAGAGCUCUAUUGUUGAGAAACCAGGACGAGCCCGAAAGAGGAGCAAUGACAGAUAUAGGAUGUCCCGACAGUUGACUGAGGAGGCUGAAAAAUAUAUCGAGGAUUUCAUUUCUAAUGUUGAAGAUACAGAUAUUUCAUCAUUAGAUGGGGACAGGAGUGAUACUACCAGUUCAAGCAUAGGGGGAAUAACAAAGACACCAAUUUUCCAGAAUCCAGCAGUGUUUAAAUCUGUCCCUGUUGAAAUGGAUGGUGUACUGCUGCCUUGGUUACAAUGGGAGACUUCUAACGAUGUUUCUCCGUUAUCUUGCGAGAAUAAAUGCAGUAUUUCUCAGGAAGCAGUGAGUGGGCAAGAUCUAAGCGAUCAAUUGACCAACAGCAGCAGCCGAGGGAGUUGGAGCCCAGAAUUUAGUGAUUGUACUCCUUCACAAAAUGUUUCAUUUGGAAGUGGAAAUUACCAAAGCCAGACCACCUCUUCUUCAAAUAAGAUGAUGAUGAAGUUGGAUUUGGAUGAUUAUAUAAACACUGGCAGUGACGAAGAUUUUCUACUUGAAAUGUGGAGCCAACGACAUGGAAUUAAUUCGGGGAAGCUUUUACUUUGUAACCACAUGUUCUUUUAGUUACAAUCACAAAUCUUUUUUUCUUUCUAAAUUUUUAGACUACAAUAGUAAUUUUGUAAUUUAUUAUUAUUUAAUAAGGGUUUCUGUUUGGAUGAAAUUAUUUUUUAAAGAAUGUUAAUAGGAAAUUUGUUACUGAAAAUUCAUUUCAACAA